AUGGUUUUAAUAAAUUUUGUGCAACCGCUUUUAGAAAGUUUUCCUAAAUUCGUUAUCGAAAAGCAAUCAAGUCCUAGUUAUGUGAAAAUGUACACAGGGAACAAUAAAGAUAUUGUAUUGGUUUAUUCUAAAGCGAAACAGUCGAGUGCUACGGACUCAAGGGGAAGAAAUAUUAAAGAAUCAGAUGAUUUAGAACUUACUGGUUCUCCUUUGAAGCUGGAUCUAAGUUUACAUACAAUAUUAGAUGAAACUCUACUUCCUGAUGAACCACAGGAAGUUGCAAACCUUUAUAGCAAAAGCUUAUCUCAAACAAAUAAAGAAGAAGUGACACCUAUGUGGGUACUUUGUAAUCCAUCAUCUACGGGCAAACCCAUAUUGUUAACAGUACAAUCUGAUGAGAAUCAUUUUAAUAGAGGGCUUGUUACAUAUGAAGGUUGUAUGACAUUAGAAGAGGUGGAUGUCGAGAAAAUAAUUGAAGAUUAUGCAGCUAAAGAAGGAUUAGAAGAGGAAUCUGUGGCAAUGUCAGUUGACUGUAAAUAUGUGCUAUCAGGUAUAACAUACGGGUCUUUAAAUGCAGAUGAGCUUUUGAAUGCUCCACAUGGAGGAGUCACUGAGUUACUAUGCACAUGGUCUGUUAAGACAUUACUCACUCCAUAUAUAAGCUGCAAAGUGAACUAUUCUCAAGAAGUUAUAGUUGGGCAUUUGGCAAGUCCAUGUAAUGCUAUUUGGAAAUCGGUCAGUGCUCUACACAAUAUCAAUCAGCUUCUGGUUGAAAUGACUGCAGCAGGUUUCAGUUCUAUCAACUUAGAAUCAGCUGUGAUAAGAUACACAGUGCAAGGCAUGAAGCAAUCCAAUGUAACAAACCGUCUGAACGAACUGCUGAAUGAAACUGAGACAUAUACAUAUACUGCAGAAUGCCCUGCUGGCGGAUGCAUCUGUAUCACAGAAGACACUAAUACCUUAAAGCAGUGUCUGUCCUCUAUGUGCGCUAAUGGCUCUAGUAAUGACUUUACAUAUAAACUUUGGGAUAUUUUGAGAGAUUGCGAAACAGCAGAAGAAUUAAUCACGUUACUCCUGCAAGCAUUAAAGUUUGUGUCCUCUGGAAAAAUACGACCUUUUAUAGAUGUAAAUAACAAAACCUUUUUGUCGAAGCUGGUGUUAAAACUGUCGCGAGGUCACUCUCAGACGUCGAAAGUAUUGAAAAAUUUACGAUCCAGUCCUCCACAAGCAAUUUCUCUCGUCGCUCAAGUGGGCAUGGAGAAAACUAUGUGGGAGUAUACCCGAGUCAUGUCACUUCUAGAACAUUCCUUCUAUAUAACUGGAAUUUGGAACACAGAUGCGAGGACACACGAGUCAAUAGAACAAAUAAACCAGACAAUACAGGAUAUGACUAUGGGUGGUGACUUCACCCUCAACCCAUUUGAGAGCCUCACAACAGGAGAGCAUUCGAUACGUCUCGACUCAGAAUCGUUCUGUGCAGAAGAUCCCAAUGAGCUUACUGUUGACGAUUUUGCUUCUCUAAAGAAACAUGGAUUAGUGAGCGAGAAGAAAGAUGUCAAUGAGGUGCCGCUAAUAGCUGACGAAAUAGACAUCAGCCCGUGGAAGAACCUCCUCAUGAAGUUUGCCCAAGUGCAUGCGUGCUUGGAGCAUUUAUAUCGCGCCGAGAGUUGUCUGAGAGCUGAUUUUGCGCAACUGAAGCCAAUUGCGUCGAAGUUGUUACAAUUAUACGUGUCGGAGAAGUCGCCGGUCAGGACAGUCGGUCAGUUGAUGAGUGAUCCGGUUCAGAGUAUUUGCAUUCCAAUUACGAAUACCAUCGUUCAGGACCACUUAAAAAAACCUGCGUUUUGGUACCGUAUGGAAGUGAGCAGAAAAGAAAAUUCACAGGAUUCGGGCCUCAAUAGAGACGCGAAAAUAGUCUAUGUAUUUUCACAGACACCCGUUUUCCCCCCACCGGUUUGGCAACAUUUAGAGUCCUCGCCAGAAGAAACGGCAGAAGUAACAACGAUUGAGGAAGAAUUGAAAUUCCACUGCACCAAAUAUAUGUACAUAAGCAAUAAAUUAACUAGAAUUUUAGAUAUUAAGGAUUAG